GAAGUCAAAAAUAUGUUUGAAAUCUUUUAGACUAAGGUCAAUACAUAACUGCUGAAAUUCAAAUCUGAAGCUCAAAUAUUUCUUGAGGUCUCUGCAAGAGUAAACUAUAGCGAAUGGUAGAUCUACGCAAAAUUUGUUUAGUGAUAUAUUAUUAGCCAUAUAGUUGGUAUGCAUGCAUGCGAGUUGAAGCCAAGGCAAAUCUCCCUAGGAUCACUUGUCGUCUGUUCUGCGCCAGAGAUUUACGUAAGAUCAAAAUGGCUGGUAUUGCGUCCACAGUCUACAAUGUUAUCUGCCGCCGCAGUUCAACAUUUGCGCUGGCUAUAAUUGCUGGCACGUUCGUUUUUGAACGUACUUUUGACACCAUAUCCAACCAAAUUUUUGAUUCUUAUAACAAAGGAAAACAAUGGAAGGACAUCAAACACAAAUAUGAGAAGGAAUAAGAAGAGACCACAAUAUGCGCAUGCAAUAGUAUUUAAUAUUUCAUAAACAUGAUAAUAUAAAUACAUAAUUUCGAUGGAUGAAAAGUAUAUUAUAAGUAGUUGAAUAAAAAAUAUUACAUAUAUCUAGAGAA